UUUCACAAACCAUAUUAUAGGUUUUUAAAAUUUAACUUCAGAAUAAAAUGAAUAAAUAAUUAUUUAUUUUUUAAAAGCUUCAUGGUUUUGUAGUUAGUGUUCUAUUCCAUAGAAUUACAAUAGAUAAUAUUGCCGCUAUAUACAAGAAUAUUUCAAAACUUGAAAUCAAAAUGAACAGCUUGAAAAAUAUGUUUAGACCUACGAAACCAAUUUCUAAAAAUGUUUCAUUUAAACCAGACGAACUCAUAUCCAACAGUCAAAAGUUGAUGUUGGAACUUGGUAUUAUCAGACAAAGUGCCAACGGAUUAUACCACUUACUGCCUCUUGCUCAGCGAUCAUUAGAUAAAUUGAUUUUCAUUAUAAAUAAAAAUAUGAUGGAUAUUGGCGCUCAGAAGAUUUCUAUGCCCGUAUUGAUACACAGUAACUUGUGGAAGAAAACAGGUCGGUUAAACAAAAAUAUUGAAGAUUUAUACUUAGUGAAUGAUCGUAAAAGCAAAGAGUUCCUACUAAGUCCGACUCAUGAAGAGGUCGUUACUGAUUUAUUUAGUUCAGAUCCUAAGACGUACAAGCAGUUACCUUUGAUGCUGUAUCAAGUUGGCACAAAAUUCAGAGAUGAGAUUAGACCUAAAUUGGGCAUUAUCAGAUCCAAAGAGUUUCUUAUGAAAGAUUUAUAUUCAUUUGAUAGAGAUCAAACAAGUGCUACAUUUACGUACAACAAAGUUUGUGAAGCCUAUGAAAAGAUAUUUAAGCACAUUGGUGUUAAAUUCAUAAGAGUUGAAGGUGCUUCAGGAAUGAUGGGCGGAAAUCAAUCCCAUGAAUUUCAUUAUCCGGCCGAAGUUGGAGACGAUACAUUAUUACAGUGUAAGAAAUGUGGUUUUGGAAUGAACAAAGAAAUGUCACCAGAGUCUGUCCAAUGUCCAAAAUGCUCUAGUACUGAUAUUAAAUUUACAAAGGCUAUCGAAGUAGGCCACACUUUUCACCUAGGUACAUUUUAUUCAAGCGCCUUGUCUGCCACAUAUUCGGACACAGACGGCACCAUGAAACCUCCAUAUAUGUGUAGCUAUGGUUUGGGUGUUUCCCGAAUAAUCGGUGCAUCUGUGGAAUGUUUGAGCACACAAGAUGUAAUUCAAUGGCCACGGUCAAUAUCUCCAUAUACCAUUUGUAUAAUACCAGCCAAAGAAGGCAGUAUCGAGGAAAACGCUUCUCUGAAUAACAUACACUCACUCUACAAUCAUUUUACUGAAAUAUUUGGAGAUGAUAUUAUUGUUGACGAUCGAACCCAUAUGACUAUUGGCAAGCGAUUAGUUGAAGCAAAGAAAUUAGGAUUUCCAUUUGUAGUCGUUAUUGGAAAGAAAAUAAACGAGACCCCUUCUUUGUAUGAAUUGUAUGAAGCUAAUACAAAUAAAUCAGAACAUUAUGAACUAAGUAAUUUAAUUAAUUAUUUAAAGCAACAAUGUUUAGACAAAAUAUGAGUAUUAUUUAGUUUAAAGAUACCUAAUUACUAUAUUAGUUUUAGCAAUAACUUGUGAUAAUUGUCUAUUUUUUUUAAGUGCAUAAACAAUUUGUUUUAUUUUAUUUUAUAUGUUUAUAUAACUUAAUCUAAAUGGUACACUUCCAUUUUGUACAUUAAUAUUGGAAAUUAUGAUAUAUUUUAUUCAGAUAUGCAAUAAGCAAGUUUUAAAACUUAAAACAAAUAAUAAUUAAAUAUUUAAAUAAUAAAGGAUAUGAAUAGUAUUGAAAAAUUCUAUAAAAAUGUAUUUUUGUAUUUCCAAUAAAUAAUAUGGUUUAUUGAGCGGUUUGAGAGUAAAUACAUCUAUUAUCAAUAUUGUAAAAGAGAAGUUAAACUAUGCCUAUAUAGAAGUCAAUUUUCGAUAUUUUAUUUACUAAACUCAAUAAUUCAAAUUCCAAAAGUAAAAUAUCACAAGUUUUAGAUCUAAAUAUUGGACAUUGAAAAUAAAAUAUCGAAAAUCGACUUCUAGCCUAGAUAAACUUCUCUUCAGUUUGUAUAAUAGGUGUUCAUACUGUAAUGUCACUCAAUAAGCUAUAUUAUUGGAAAAACCGAAACUAAGUUUCAAUGUUUCACUAAAAUUCGCAUUUGUAAUUAGUGUGGGUGCACUCCACUAUUUAUUUUAUACACUGUCACUUACACUUAUGAUCACCUACUACACACAUUUACACGACCCACAUCCACACAAAUAAAAAAUUGCCUAUAUUGAUCUCCUUAAAAUCAGUCUGUAUUCAUACCCCUUAAUAUUACUCAAAACACACAAAAUUAAUACUUUAUGUCUUUACCAAAAUGUUUGGUGAAUAUGUUGACCGGUAUCAAUUGAUUCAAGUACCACUGUUUGUGAACACACAUUUCAUGCAUAAGUCAAUAUUCGACAAAAUAGUUAUGCAAAUGUCAAAAAUUGUUCAGCUUGUUAAUAUUCAUUGGACACAGUCAACUUUAGUACUUUACAGUAACAUGUAUAAUAUGUUUUUUAAGAAAGAAAAUUAUUUUAAUACAUUAGAAAUAUUGUUGAUGUCACAAAUUAUUCUGUUUUGCCUUUUUAGAGUAGUUUGUAAAAUAUUGGCCGAAUAAAAAAAAAAUUAAUAAAUAAACCAAUGGAACUAUGCAA